AUGCCCUCUGAAAACCUGUGUACGCUCACACGUGCCGACGAGAGUGCGCAGCGCAAGUUUUGCUCGUCGUGCAACUGCCAGGUCGACCUCGAAAGCGAUACCCCCCAACCAUUGGCUGACGGGCCUGUUUGUGAACGGUGUCGGGCCCAUGUCCUGGCUGCCCUCAAUGUUAUCCUGCCCCCCGUAAGGAAGCAGCGGCCGUGCGAAGAAGCUGUUAUCCCCGUCGUCGAACUGCCCAGUCCCUCCUAUCGCCCGCCAGUGGCGGUGUACUCCAAACCAACGCCCCAGCCCCAGCCCCCUCAACUCCAGCCUGUUCCCCCGUUUAAAGGCGACCCCCUACUCGACAUCACCCGCCUGCGAGUGAGAGCGCAGGCCCACCACUGUCUUCACCCCGGCGCUAGCUUCCAGGGCACGCAGAAGAGUGGGCGCAACAGCUAUGAUGUGAAUGUAACUAUCGUGGACGUGGACUUUGCAUCUUCCUUUUUAUGCGGAUACCUCCGCAUUCGCGGACUUACGGACGACUGGCCCGAGCUGACGACGUACUUCGAUGCGGAGAUAAUUGGCCCUCGGUAUGGCUUCCUCACGCAAAACUGGGGCGCGACAGAGCAGGCGGACAUGGUGCAUUGGUCGCGCUUCCCCGCCUUCCGUCAUGUCAAGAGCGACCUCAAGAAGCCCCAUCUCACCAUGCCCGACCGGGACAGGGGCGCUGUCUUCAUGCGCUGGAAAGAGCGCUUCCUUGUCCCCGACCACCGUGUGCAAGAUAUCAACGGCGCCAGCUUUGCAGGUUUCUACUACGUCUGCGUGGAUUUCAACCCGCCAGUCCAGUCUGAGCCAGAAGAGGACAACGAAGGCGAUGAGUCGACACAGCCAACGAAAGCGAAAGCCAGGCGUGACUCGAGUAUCCGUCGGGCUGCGUCCAGUGGCCCCAGGCCAGCCCUGAUGAGUGGAUUCUAUUUCCACCAAAACUCUGAGCCGUACCAGCAGCUGACGCUGCAUCACACGCCCGAGCGUGCCAGCUCGACAUUCGAGUUCCGUUAA